AUCUUUUUACGGCAUUUUAUUGUGUGACAAUCGUGUUUGACGUGCGCGUCGUCAAGUCACGCACCUGCACACCUAUUAUUUUGAACGAUUUACCAAUGUGACAAGUGCGUUGUUUUGAUCCAAAGGUGUUAGAAGAUGAGGACCGGUUCGGAUUUGCUCGGUAGACCGAAAAACGCGAGAAAGGGCGCUAAUAUUUUAUCAGUCAUCACUUUUUGGUAUGCCCUAAAAACGUUUAAGUUAGGAAGGAAACGUGACUUAGAUGAGAACGACCUGACAGAACCCCUGGACGAGCAUAAGUCCUCACUUUUGGGUCAGAAACUAGCAAAGAACUGGAGUUUAGAGUUGAUUAAUGCCGCUAAAAAAAAGAGGGAACCGAGCCUCACUAAGGCUAUAAUCAAAACAUUUAAAAGGGAUAUUAUCUUUUAUGGGAUUGUGCUUUUUAUUAUGGAAUUUUUUAUAAGGCUACCACAGCCAAUAUUUAUCGGCCUGUUUAUCAGAUACUUUAAUGCAAAUAACAUUAAAAGUACCGAAGAGCAGCACCCUCCCAUUUACAUAAUGCGAGUUUUCUACUACUUUAAAAAGGAUCAAAGUCGCAUCUCUAAGGAGGAGGCGUUCUUCUUCGCCACUUGUAUUAUGAUUUGUAGUAUAAUAGUGAUUGGGACGGUACACCCGUACAUUAUGGCAGCCAUGCAUGUGGGCAUGCGAGUUAGGGUAGCAUGCUGUUCGUUGAUUUAUAGAAAGGCACUCCGCAUCCAAAUAACAGCCCUGGGAGACGAAACCGUCGGCAACACCGUCAACCUGAUGUCAAAUGACGUGAACAGAUUCGAUUUGGCACCGGUGUUCUUGCACUACCUCUGGGUGGCACCUCUACAAGGUGUUCUCAUAACUAUCUUUCUAUACUUCGAAGUUGGCUACGCGUCAUUUUUCGGAAUGCUCUCCGUAUUAGUGAUUAUGCCCGUGCAGAUGGUGUUGGCGUAUGCGACUGCGCGGUUUCGAGUUGUGGUGGCCGCCAGAACGGAUGCCCGAGUGCGAUGCAUGAACGAAAUCAUCCAGGCGAUCCAAGUAAUUAAAAUUUACGCUUGGGAACAUGCCUUUGCCGAUAUGAUUAGGAAACUGAGAAAGCAUGAACUUAAGAUCCUUCUUUUGACGUCGUACAUACGAGGCUUCACGAUGUCUUUUCUCAUGUUUACUGCCAGACUGGGCAUUUUCUUGACCGUACUCAGUUACGUUUUACUGGGCAACGAUAUAAAUGCCGAAAAAGUGUUCCUCAUUGGCGGAUAUUACAUCAUCGUCAGACAGACUUUAUCCGUGUUUUUCCCACACGGUCUUAACGCUGUGGCAGAGACAAAAGUGUCGAUCGCCCGCAUCCAAAAGUUUUUAAUGACCGAAGAGGCCACGGUGGGCGACAAAUCGAUCUUAGACCCAUUUGCGGUGCCAAAAACACCUGAAGAAACCCCAUUUCUUAACGAAAAGGGCGAUCUCACUACCAGGGAUAAUAUUUCCGUAACGGAUUCGGUGGAUUUUGGAACAAACGAAUCGUCGGAGGGCAGAUUUUUGCCGUCUAGUUACAGUUUUGCCAAGAAUCCUACUCUUUUCAGGUUACUAGGAUUAGGAGGGUACCUGGAUCCAGAAAUUGCAUCGGUCGUCAUAUUUAGAGGGCUUGCGAAAUAUGGUGAAGAUGUAUGCCUAGACAACAUUAACACUCAACUGAAAAGUGGACAACUGGUAGCAAUAGUAGGAGCAGUUGGUGCGGGAAAAUCGUGCCUGCUUAACCUCAUUUUAGGAGAACUGAAACUGUUCAGUGGCAAACUCUGGAUUAACGGCGAAAUUUCUUAUGCUUCUCAAGAACCAUGGUUGUUUGCAGGUUCUGUGCGUCAAAACAUUUUAUUCGGCAAGGAAUACGACGCAGAAAGGUAUGCGGAAACGGUCAAGGUGUGCGCGCUGAGACGCGAUUUCAUGUUGUUUCCUUAUGGGGAUAAAACUAUAGUUGGAGAAAGAGGUGCUUCAUUAAGUGGAGGACAACGGGCCAGGAUUAAUCUUGCCAGGGCGGUCUAUAAGGAAGCCGAUAUUUAUUUAUUUGAUGAUCCUCUGUCUGCUGUUGAUAUUCAGGUAGGCCAAGAACUGUUCGAAAAUUGCCUGAUAAGGCACUUGGCAGAUAAACUGAUUAUUCUGGUAACGCAUCAGCUCCAGUACUUAAAAAGGGCAGAUAAACUGAUCAUACUGAACGAAGGCAGCAUUCAAGUGCAGGGAAGUUACGAGGAAAUUAGACGAAGCGGAGUGAGUUUCGCGGCUCUUCUCGAGGAAGCCGCUAGUGUGGCCGUCGGUCUGCCCGAAACAGAAAAAGAAACCGAGAAAGUACUUAAGGCCAUCUCGCAUACUAGCGCGGCAUUUAAUAGUGCCAUCGAUAUCGAAGGCUUUAAAACCGGACCAAAAGCGGUGGCGGAAAUGCGAACUUCCGGAUCCGUUUCGGCGUCAAACUACAAAGAGUACUUUCGUGCCGGUGGAAAUUGUUGCGUAAUAACCGUGAUGUGGCUCCUUUUUAUCGGAGCCCAGUUAUUCGGCAGCGGCGGUGAUUACUUCUUAAGCACCUGGGUGGCUUUGGAAGACCUCCGGGCCCAUAAGGGCGAUGCCGAAGAAAUGGGAUGGUGGAACAGCUUCGGUAGAAGCGAUUGCAUUUACGUUUACACCGUACUGAUCACUGCUGGUACCGUGGUGGCGGUGGCUAGAAGCUUAUAUUUCUUCUCCGUUUGCAUGAUGGCUUCAUUUAGGUUACACAAUAGAAUGUUCCAAAGCAUAAUCCUAGCCGCUAUGAAAUUCUUCCAUGAAAACUCCUCCGGAAGAAUAUUGAAUCGGUUUUCCAAAGACUUGGGCCAAGUAGACGAGAUGUUGCCCAAUGCCUUCCUUGACACGAUCCAACUUAUGCUGAACCUGGUCGGAGCGAUCAUAAUAAUUUGCGUGUCCAGCUACUGGCUGGUGAUACCCGUCUGUCUCAUGAUCGUACUCUUCUAUUUUCUACGAAGGUUUUACCUUAGGACUAGCACUAGUAUUAAACGUCUUGAAGGAAUAGCCAGAAGCCCAGUUUUCGCCCAUUUAAACGCCACUCUUCAAGGAAUAAAAACCAUCAGGAUCAACAAUGCAGAGCAUUUAUUAGUAGCAGAAUUCGAUCAUUUACAAGACCUGCAUAGCAGCGCUUGGUUUAUGUUCAUCUACACCUCGAGGGCUUUCAGUCAAUGGCUCGACUGGAUCACCGCUUUGUUCAUUGGAUGCGUUACUUAUAUAUGUGUCAUUAACUCAGAAAAUUUCUAUGGUAGCACAGUAGGAUUAAUCAUAACCCAAUCCAUUGGGCUAACCGGGUUGAUCCAGUGGGGUAUGAGACAGUCCGCCGAAUUAGAAAAUCAAAUGACCUCAGUCGAAAGGGUGUUGGAGUUCACCAAAGUGGAACAAGAACCAGACUUAUACUCAGCACAAAAUAAACGGCCGCCACGCACUUGGCCCAAACACGGCAAAAUUGAAUUUAUUGACACUACGAUGCGGUACAGUGCGCACGAACCUCCGGUUUUGAAGGCGCUUAAUUUUGAAAUUGCCCCUCAGCAAAAAGUUGGUAUCGUCGGUAGAACUGGCGCGGGAAAGUCUUCGCUUAUAGUGGCGCUUUUUCGACUGGCAUAUUAUGAAGGUGAAAUUUACAUCGACCAUUUGGACAUUAGCGUACUGGGGCUGCACGAUUUAAGACGCAAAAUUUCCAUUAUACCUCAGGAACCGAUACUGUUUCAUGGCACCUUAAGAUAUAACCUGGACCCGUUCAGUGAGUAUACCGAUGAGGAAAUAUUGUCUGCUUUGAUAGACGUGGAUGAUAAAGAUGCCAUUAGUAAGGGAGUCGCUGUCCUUGAUAAACCAAUGACGGGAGGUGGUCAGAAUAUCAGCGUGGGUCAACGUCAAAUGAUAUGUCUGGCACGUGCCAUUUUAAGGAACAACAAGAUCCUGGUGAUGGACGAAGCUACCGCGAAUGUAGACGCCCAAACCGAUAAGUUGAUCCAAAAGACCAUUAGGACUAAAUUCGAACAUUGUACUGUAUUGACGAUUGCGCAUCGUUUACAUACAGUUAUGGAUUCUGAUAAGAUUCUUGUAAUGGAUGCCGGUCAAGCAGUGGAAUUCGACCAUCCUCACGUUCUGCUAAAGAACCCCAAAGGAUAUUUGUCUGAGCUAGUCAAGAAAACCGGGGCUGGUACUGCUGCCCAUUUAAAGAACGUUGCCAAACAGAAUUUCGAAGAAUUGCGAAAAUUGCACGCGAUUGAGGAAGAUAAUGAUAGCGUUAUGAGUUACUCACUUCGAUCCGAUUCAUUGUGAUUUUGCAUUUUUAAUGUAUAAGACCAUAAGAAUUUUUUUUCUAUUAUAUUGUAAAUACAAAGGCAGUUUACAA